AAACGCGUCACAAUGCAGAAAUGCUGUAGGCAACACAUUCGUUUUUAAAAUACAGCCCAUGCGACUGUACUUUGACCCUCUUCUCAUCCACUACUUGUGCAGCAAGGGAGGAGGGAUCGGAAGUAUGUUGUGAUGAAAAAAGGAGAAAUUUUUAGAUCUAAAGAGGAUCAAAAAGAAGAGGCACUGAAAUCUGAUGUUAUGGCACCUGAAGGGGAAUACAGAUGGACUGUUUGGGCUGUGAUUGUACUGCUGUUAGCUGUGUGUGCAGCUCACAUGACAGAUCGACCAGCCUCAUUUCGCCAUCACCGCAAGACUUCUGUGCUAAAAAUGGACGAGGCUGCCCUUUCAGUCAUAAAUGAAAUCGAGAAUGAGAUGAUGCUCUUCGUGCUAUCUGAUCACUGCUAUCAGUGUUUGCCCCAGCCAUUGGGGAUAAUACCUGCAGGCCUGGGUCCUGGGACUCCGACUACAGUGGGUUUUGUUGUAGGCACACAGCACCCUUUGACAUUGCAGCUAAACAGAACCGCUGCCAACCUAGAGCUGUGCAAGGUUCACUUCCACUUUGGGGAGCAGGGAAACUAUUCUCUGUGGGUGAAGAAUCUGAAUGAGACAUCCCGGGCCAGCUGCACUAUGGUGAUUGAUUCAGAGCCUGUCAACAGCUACCUGCCCAUUUUGUUUGCAUUUCUGGUAUUAGCUGGAGUGGCUGCAUUAGCUAAGAUUUGGAGCACUGUUAGAAGGCUGGAUGUCGUGAGAAAUCUACUUCUUCGCUUAGGGAGCACAGUGGAGACAGAGCGACUGAUAAACUCGGAGCUUGGCACUCCAGACAGAUUGGUAGAUGCCUCCAUGGAAUCAAUAAUUCCAGCCACCACUGGACGGAGGCUUCGCUCUUUAGACACUUUCCGUGGCCUGGCUCUGGUCAUUAUGGUGUUUGUCAACUAUGGAGGUGGACGUUACUGGUUCUUCAGGCAUGAGAGUUGGAAUGGUCUCACAGUGGCUGAUCUCGUGUUUCCUUGGUUUGUAUUCAUUAUGGGAACAUCUAUUGCUCUGUCCUUGAGUGGGUCAUUGCGUAGAGGUGUCAAACGAACUCAUUUACUGUGGAAGGUUUUCUGGAGGAGCUUACAACUCUUCCUCAUCGGGGUCAUCAUCAUUAAUCCCAGCUACUGCCAAGGACCCUUGUCUUGGGAUUUCCUCCGUAUUCCUGGUGUAUUACAGCGCCUGGGUUUCACAUACAUUGUUGUGGCUGUUUUGGAUCUUGCUGUGGCCCAGAACCAACUCCCCAACCUGUCAAGCGAAACAAGCUGGUUCUCUGUGCAUGAUGUCUGCCUCUACUGGCCUGCAUGGCUGUGUGUGAUUGCCUUGGAGACGGUGUGGUUGUGUUUGACCUUUCUUCUCCCAGUGCCAGGCUGCCCAACUGGUUAUUUGGGCCCAGGGGGCAUCGGCGACUUUGGCCAGUACCUAAACUGCACUGGGGGGGCUGCAGGUUAUAUUGACCGCUGGCUACUCGGAGAGAACCAUAUUUACCAGACGCCAUCAUCACGGGUUGUGUACCAGUCUAUUGUGCCAUUUGACCCUGAGGGUGUUUUGGGAAGCAUCAACUCCAUAUUGAUGGCAUUUUUGGGUCUUCAGGCAGGAAAAAUUCUGCUGCAUUACAGAGACCAACACAGACAAAUAAUUACACGAUUUCUCAUAUGGGGAUUCAUUCUGGGGAUCAUCUCAGCUGUGCUGACCAAGUGCUCCAGAAACUACGGCUUCAUUCCUGUUAACAAAAACUUGUGGUCAUUGUCCUAUGUGACGACUCUCAGCAGUUUUGCUUUUGUGGUUUUGGUGUUUUUUUACUAUAUGGUGGAUGUUAUGAAGUGGUGGUCUGGAGCGCCCUUCUGUUACCCUGGGAUGAAUUCCAUCUUGGUGUAUGUGGGCCAUGAGGUGUUUGAGGAAUACUUCCCCUUCCGUUGGAAGAUGGCGAACAACCAAUCACACGCUGAGCACCUGGCACAGAACCUCCUGGCCACUUCUAUAUGGGUGUUUAUAGCGUUCUUGCUGUACAGGAAGAAGGUCUUCUGGAAGAUUUAAGGGUGUAUCUCUCUCCUGCAGACUUUGAAAGGACCUGCACUACGCUGUGAAUGAAAUCAUUGGGCUUAUUUUGAAGAUUGGCGAAUCUCUUCACAUUAGUGCCACAUUUGCAAGACAAACAUGUAAUCCAGGAAUAGAUCUUGGAGACAAUGUGAGAAGAGCAGAAGGAAGAAGAGCGCAUGUGGCGGUGCCAAGAUCCCUCUGUGGACUCACACUGGACUCUGGUUCUCAGUGGAGGACAGUAAAUGCCAAAGGCAGAUUCUGAUAAAUUACAAUUCAGUUUACAGGUUUUGAGUAAUGUUUAUUCUUAUGCCUAAGGAGACAUCGUGAUCAAAUACAGACAUUUCUAAAUUGUUCCUUAUAUGGGAGGAUUCCAAGAGUCUGAGAUGAAACUCAGAUUAUGAGCUAAUUUAGGUUUGAUUAAGGUACUAAUGUAUGCCAUUGAGAAAAUGAAAGCAAAUGAGAAUGAGAGAAAACCUCACAAUGAAAAAACAUGCAAGGUCUUCCAUCAAGGUCCUCAAAACCUGCAGAAAUGAUGCAUUCUUUUUUUGUGUGUGUGUCAUGGCUGCUUUUUUAGGUUUGUCUUUUUUUUUUCUUAUACUGUUUUAUACUUUGUACCAUAGGAUUUAAGUAUCUUUGUUGAAAGGUUGUGUUUGUGAGAAAGGAAAAGAUAGAGUCCUACCUUCUCAAAAACUCAGGAGAUUUGCACAGCUUGGAGUGCCAAAUAUAGAGCAUAUAAUGCAUGGUUUCUUUGAUAAAACAAGAUAAUUUUAAUAGUUUAUUUCAUUUUACCAAUAACUUGUUACCUCUACCACAGAAAUCAAGAAAAAAAAGAACACUUAUUACUGACAUUUGCUGCUUGUAAAAUUAUUGUUCCAAGUGAAGGGAAAAUAUUGUUACCACAUCACAAAAUCAUUUCCUUUUUUUUCUAUUGUUUUUAAGUUGUAAUUGAUAUAUUACAGAUUUAUUACAUUUGUGUAACUUUGUUUUAUACUUUACAAUAUGGGACAUGGUGAGAAUAAAAUAAUUUUUUAUCACAAG